UCUUUCUCGGACCAUGUGAUACCUCUUGAGCCAUUAUAUAGGGCAUAUAAGUAUCUAUUAAGCCGGUGCGAAUGACCUAGACGACAGAUCGUUCAUCUUCUCCCGCAAGAUCCGAAACAUAGCACAGAAAGACUAUAGAGUAUAGCGUCAUGUUCACCCCACACCCCAACUUCUACCAGCCCCCUCCUCCUACCCCCAAGAUCCCCUUCGAAGCACACCUUCAAACCCCUCCGUCGGAGUACGAUCACAACUUUUCCGGCGGCCCCAUCUACACCCUGUCUACCGACAAGCUCGUCUUGGUCCCUUUCGUCCCGAGCUUACACGCCAAGCAGUAUUACCACGACGUCAAGGACUAUGGAGAGACGUUGUUGAAGUUCAUGCCUUAUCCGAGGAGAUUGGAUGAGAGCCUGGAUGCGUUGUGUGAGGUUUACGAGAGGACCAUUCGGAGUCUACCUGGCUCUUGCCUAUGGGCCAUCUUCGACAUAACCCGUCUGGACUCCCCCGAAAAGCUGAAAGAAGUGGAAGAUGUCGGAAGCGUCCAUCCUCUCCCUGAAGGACACCCUCCGUUGAACACGUUUGCCGGGGUGAUGGGGAUUUUGAACGUUGAUCGGGAUAUGUGCGUUGGAGAGCUCGGACACGUCCUCAUCCUCCCCCGAGCUCAGAAGACGCACGUAACUUCCCAUGCGAUCGCGCUCUUGCAACACUACGCCCUGGACCAUCCUUACAUGGCUACCUGGUCCACCUCCGAAGACAAGUUCGUCUACCCAGACAUCACCAGUAACCCCACUCCGGCAUCCCUCUCCGCCCCGUUCACCGCCGAUGCAGGUGGACCUCCUCGCGGACUAGGUUUGAGGAGGUUUCAAUGGCAAGCCCACCACCUUAACAACCCAUCCACCCGCCUAGCCCAAAGAAUGGGUUUCAAGGAAGAAGGUAGAGUUCGGAUGCAGAGGGUCGCUCCCGGUGGUGGGGAAGAGGGGAGAGAAGGGGACGGAGGGAAGACGGGGAGCAGGACGAGUUGGGUUGGGAGUGUUACGUGGAGGGAUUGGGAGGAAGGGGGUGUAAGGGAAGAGGUUGGGAGGCAGGUCGCUAGGCGGUAAUCUGAUCGAGGGUUGGGAGAUUGAGAUUAGAGAACGGGCGUGAAACAAGCGCUCAGACGGUGGGAAAGGAAAAUCGGCGCAUUACAUAGAAUAGUCAGAACCGUGACUCGGGAGUCGAUAAAUAAUAGUAUAGACAGAAUAUCGCAUACGAUAAGACGCGAUACAAACGA